ACCAGGGGCCUCAUUUAUCAACCUGUACGUAGCAAAGCGAACUACAGGCGGCGUCUUCUGCGCAAAAAGAAAAUGCUGCACUGGAUUUAUCAAAUCGUGCACUCGCACGUCCUACAUCUGUUUCUGUUUAUAAAUCAGAAUCAACUCUAAAGCGGGCGCACGUAGGGUGACCAGAUGUCCCGCUUUGUGCGGGAUAGUCCCACAUUUCCGUCACUUUUUACACGUCCCACAAAUUGAGACGUUGUGCCGCAUAUUUAACAGACUCCCGAUUUUGUGUUGAAAUCUGGCGUUCAUAACCCGAUUGUGUGACAAAAGCAGUGAGAGCUGUCAUUACUCUAUUGCUCUGGUCAUAACACGCAGUCUGUCUGGCUGAUUAGAUUGAAAUGAAUGUCAGUCAAACUAGGAGGCAGGACUUGAACGUCCACGGCGCACAGCAAAAAAAAAAAAAAAAAAAAAAAAAAACAGAUUAUGGAGACCGCAGCGAAAAAAAGAAAAUGCUGUUACAACAAAGAUUGGGAAAGCACGUACCUCUGGGUUAAACCUAUCCAAGGCAGCUCUGACAGAGUUUUUUGUAAUGUUUGUCAGACUGAUUUUUCUGUUUCACACGGCGGGGAGUACGACGUGAAACGGCACAGAAAAUCUGCGAGUCACACAAAACGUGUCGCUCAAAAGGAGGCUUCCCAGUCAAUGGACAUGUUCCUGUUAAAGCCCAAACAAGAUUCAAACAUAGACAAGGUAACGGCUGCUGAAAUAACAAGUGUUUACCACACUGUGCAACACUCUCAAUCAUACAGGUCAGAAGACUGUGGAAAUAAGCUAACAUCGAUCUUGUUUCCAGACUCUGAGAUAGCAAAGAAAAUGUCAUGUGGUCGUACAAAGGCAGCUUCCAUAGUAACAGAUGUGCUUGCACCUGCCUCUGUAGAAAUCUGUUUGGGAGAAUUAAAAACACCAGUCGUUCAAGAUCUCCCAAGUGACAAAAAGGCCCACACGCCAUUUUUUUCAGUGGCUUCAGAUUCAUCUAAUCACGGUAAAACUAAACUGUUCCCACUGUCUCUGAGAUACUGGACACCAGAGCUGGGUUUGAAAAACAAGAUCCUCGACUUUUAUGAGGACAGCCAUGAGUCAGCUGCUACCAUACACCAACAGAUUACAAGCAGGUUAGAGGAACAUGGCCUACAACUGGACAUGAUUUCAGCAUACACUGCUGAUAAUGCAAGUGUAAACUACGGGAAAAACAAUUCUGUUUUCCAGAAACUAAAGGCAGACAACAGUGGCAUCAUUAAGGCAAACUGUAUGGCCCACAUAGUACACAACUGUGCAAAGCAUGCUGGAGACAGGCUGAACAUUGACAUUGACUUAGUAGUGAACAAAAUAUUCAGUCACUUUUCAGUGUCUGCACAGCGUACAGAGGCACUGAAAGCAGUUUUUUCAUUUGUGGAGGAAGAUUAUCAUGUAGUACUGAGACAUGUACCCACAAGAUGGCUGAGUUUGUGGCCUGCUGUCCAGAGGCUACAUGAGAGCUGGGCAGCUAUCAAGAGCUACUUCUUGUCACUGGGGGAGAAUCAGUGCCCAAAAGCACUUUGGCAGCUGUUCAAAAUGGAUCAAGAUGGUGAGGGGCAACCUCUUGAGCUGCAGGCCUACCUGGCCUUCCUCAAAAACACACUGAAGAUCUUCCAUGAUGUUGUGCUGCUGUUGGAGGGACAGGAUGGGACCGUCUGUGAGAUAUAUGACCUGAUGCUCACUCUCAAGACAAAGCUCCAACAACGGCAAAUGGAUUCCUUCUUUGGAAUGGAGACCACUGCUCUCAUCCAACAGUUUCCUGAGCAAAGGGCAGAAACAAUCAAACAGGAUUUUUCCAACUUCUACAAAGCUGCACUCAACUACCUGGAAAAAUGGUAUGACUUCACAGACAACAACUAUCAGAAAAAUGUUGCAUGCUUAGCACUGAAAAGCAAGUUCACAUUCCUCCAGCUCAGUGCUGCUGUAGAGGUCCUACAGAUAGAGAGGAAAGUGGACAUGGAUGAACUGUAUGAAGAGUACUGUGUGACUCUGCCACAGCAGCAGGAAAUUGUAGAAAGAAGAGCUUCUGUUGCGGAGAAGUGGUCCGUCUUGCUUAAAGGGACAAAGACACCAAAUCUGACUGCUGUUGCAUCUUUUCUCAUCAGCAUCCCCAUAACCAACGCUGCUGUGGAGAGAAUGUUUUCCCUCAUGACUGCAGCAUGGACUGUCCAGAGGAACCAUUGCUCUGUGGAGCUUAUCAAGAGUGAAAUUCAAGUGAAGACCAACUUUGAGUACAGUUGUAAGGAAUUCUACAGCUAUGCACUUAAGCAGAAGGCCUUAUUGGAAGCUGCACGCUCAAGCAAAAAAUAUAAAGCCAAGAGGAACACCUAAGGUGCUUUAUGGGGUGCUGAAAGUGCAUUGCCUGUGUGGGCCAGGUCUGUCUGCAGUUAUUGCUGUGAUUGUGAAAACUGAAAUACUUGUGAUGGGCGAAACUUCCAUCCAAAAGAAUUCAGUCAAGUGCUCUCCUUGGUGCAGGAAGAGCAUUUAUUGUGUUACUGUUACUGUGUUAUUGUGUGCCUGUUGUUAUACCCAGUGAUGCAUUCAUUACAACUGGGUGGCAAUGUCCAUUUCUUUAGUGUGAAUAGUGAUUCUGAGCUGAGAGAUGAUAGUUAAUGUUUUGUUCGGAUAAUAAGUCUAUGUGCUAAAUGUAGCAUAUUUCAUUACUUGUCUUGAAUGUGUGGGUUCAGUAUGUUCUACUAGAACAAACACUUAAAUGCUGUGGUGUUUGGAGUUGUGCUGAGGUUGUUGUUGGAAAUACUUGCAAGCCAAACCAUUUAAAACCACAUUAAAGAACAGUUGAAAGAAGAAUUGAAGCCUUGACUGCUUAUUCUGUUUGAUUGUGUUUAAUUAAGGUGUGUUAACUUGAGAGAAACUGUGAAAUAGCAUGAAAGUUUUGCUGUUUGCUUAUGUCAGAGAAUUUGAGAAAGUUGAAUUUAAGUAAUAUAUAUUUGUUUUUAAAGUAGUAAUGUAAUAUAAUGUUUAAUAGUAAUGUUAUGA